AUGGGAGUCGGUAUAGAAAUACUUUCACCUGGAAAUGGUUUUACUUAUCCUAAACCGGGCCAAACCGUAGUAGUUCAUUACACAGGCACACUACAAAACGGAAUGAAAUUUGACUCUUCUAGAGAUAGAGGACAACCUUUUAAGUUUACACUUGGAAAAGGUGAUGUUAUCAAAGGUUGGGAUGAAGGAUUAGCUAAGAUGUCUGUGGGUGAAAGGGCACGACUGACAUGUUCACCAGACUAUGCCUAUGGUUCACGGGGCCACCCUGGGGUGAUCCCACCCAAUGCUACUUUGAUCUUUGACGUUGAAUUACUGCGUGUUGAAUGAUUUCCUAAACCGUCUUGCCAUAUUUUGUACAUUUCUAGUUAAUAAUUAUUGUAUGCUCUAUUGCAGUAUAUAAAUUAUUAUUUUGUUAUAUGUUACAGUAUUCUAUUAUGUUACUUAAUCAAUUAUGAUAAUUUUGAAUUGAACAGGCACAUUUUGGUCAUGAGUCUGAUUAGCAUUUUAUAUAUAUUCUAAUCCUCCCUAUCUUAACAAUUACAUAAUUGUAUUGUCAUUGACGAACUUUGUAUGGAAGGAGCCAGGUUGUUCUUACAUAUGAUAAGGGCACUGAUUAGUUUUCAUAGAAACUGUUAAUGGUAGGAUACGUUUCAGAGCUGACAAAGUUUGAGCUUGGACCUCAAAACCUAUGUCAGCACAAAAGGAUAUUUUUUUAAGUAGGUACUAGUGGAGCAAUGUUUGUACUUAUGUUGACAUUAUGUUAAUGAAAUGCAUAAUUAUUAUUCAUAGAAUCUCUGUGGACUGAUUAAAUGUAAUAAAAUAGUCCAAAAAUAAUUAUUUUUAAUAAUAAUCUAAAUGGUGUGUUAUGUCAGCAAUGUUUGCUUUGCAUACAAUAUUUUUAAUGUACCUUUUAAAUUUCAGUAUUCUUUUUUGUGAUACUGAAAGCAUUUUGUUCUAACAAUCACUACAUGUGCUGUGGAAUUGAAAUUAAUAUUCUAACCAUGUGGCAAGAAGAAAUGUUAUAAAUAAAUGAGCUUUUACAAAAUUGUGUGCUUUAUUCUCUUUUUAACAUGUUUAUUAGUAUUUUUCUUAUCAUUAACACCAGUCUUUACAAUGAAAAACCUUAUUAACCUGAUAUCCUUUAAAAUCCCUUAAAAAUGCUAACAAUGCACAACUGUACCUUAGCACAAACCAAUAUUGAAUUUGAAUAGUUUGUGAGUGCGUAAUGUCAUUGUCAAAUGUGUACUGAUUUUUAGUUCUCGUUACGUACUUUGUGGUGCUGCUAUUCAAGUUUCCAUACAAAAUUUGACAUUGACAUUUCGCACUUACAAAUUCGAAUUUGAUAAUGGUUUGUACUAUUGUGUAUAUUCUGGUAUUGCAAAGUAUAACAGACUUUAAUUAAAUAUAUUUUAACAUCCCAAUGAGAACUAAAUACAUAGUAAUUAAUUAAAGCAAUUUUCUAGACCCUGUUUUAUCCUAAUUUAUAGCUAAAUUAUAAAGUUCAACUGUAUAAAAUUAUAUUUCUAUAGAUUGCCAGGCUUAUAAUUCAUCAAUGGAACUACUGUAUUUUUAAUAAAAGGUGAUCUACAUAAUGCACACGUUUCUAAAGAUCCAUAGCUACAUUGCAAACAAAAUAUAUGGCCACAUGGAAGCACACACGGUUGCACCAUUUCUUCUAAACAAGCCACACAUGACUUACUACUGUCCACUUCACUUGGCAUAUCAUUAACUUGUUCCAUGUGUUUCUUAGCCUGAUAUAAACUUUGCCCGCAUGAUACAAAAGCAUGAAGUAAGGUAACUAUUCCCAAAAGUCUUAAAUGAGCAUAGUGCGCAGCAGCCGCAGGUCUCACAUGCACAUAAUCUAUUCCUGUCACUGUAUUACCAAUUUGCAAAGGCCCACCGUUUAUGUAGCUCAUAGCUCUGUGUAUACUCUCAAUCUGAGGUAUCAUAGAGUUCAAAGCUCUAAGUACAAUUAUAAAUGCAUUUUGGGCUUUUGGUUUUAGAUAUGUAUUGCUUUCAAUGCUCUUUUCGCACUGACGUAGAAUUCUAGAAGUCAAAGUUUCACCAAAAGUAGAUAGGAGCAUGCUACACAAUCGGCUACAGAAUGUAGGCAGUUUAUGGUAGCUAUCGUCCACUUGGACAAUGCCAGAGUAUUCCUCGCCUAGUGUCUGUAGAUCCUUUAGAGUUGUAAAUGUUUUAUACAGCACGGAUGACAUGGGUUCAGCUUUGGAAGCGUGUCUUGGUGGUAAAAUCUUCGCGAUCGAUUCUGCCAACUGCUUCUCAUACAUGUCAUCUUUUUGAUAUGCUCGAAGAAUUUCUGCCGGUUGAGCUGCAGGCAAAGCCAUGGUUGUAUUUUGUUUAAAAUAGUUUAGACUUUCCGGUAUAUUAAACUACUCUUUGGUUUAGACCAAAAUGUCACAACACCGUAGAAAACCAAAACACACAAAACGUGUGACCAGACUAAAUAUUACGAAAUUAUCGAAGCACCUCAAAAAAAAUACUGAAAUAUACCGACUUACACAGAGAAAAUG